GAAACUUAAUCCAAAUCAACCCAUCUUCUCUAUAUCCAUAUAUCAAAUCCAAUAUCUCUCUCUCUCUCUCUCUCUCUCUCUCAGACGGAGAGCUUAGACUCCUCCAUUGGGGAAUGGAUGCUGAAGUGAGAGGUUGUGGGUCUGCAAAACAGGUGAGUAAUUCUGAUCAGAAGGGCAUGGACAUUAGGAGAGGUCCAUGGACAGAUGAAGAGGACUCCAUGCUCAAGAAUUAUGUCACCAUCAACGGUGAGGGUCGAUGGAAUUCCGUUGCCCGCUGCACAGGCUUGAAGCGAACGGGUAAAAGCUGCAGAUUAAGAUGGUUAAACUAUUUGCGCCCUGAUGUCAAACGUGGAAAUAUCACCCUCCAAGAACAGCUCUUGAUUCUUGAGCUUCAUUCUCGCUGGGGAAAUAGGUGGUCCAAAAUAGCACAGUAUUUGCCUGGAAGAACAGACAAUGAGAUCAAGAACUACUGGAGAACAAGGGUCCAAAAGCAGGCCAAGCAGCUCAAAUGUGACGUCAAUAGCAAACAAUUCAGAGACGCCAUGCGUUACGUAUGGAUGCCCAGAUUGAUAGAGAGAAUCCGGGCCAUGGCCACCUCCAAAUCCCAGUAUUUGGAUGGACCCACCAACACAUAUCGUCCUGAUCUCCCCCUCAACAAUCAGACAGGGCUCAUUCCAAAUCAAAGCCAUGCACCCAUGUCAUCCGGCCCGGCUGAGCCCUACUUGAGGCCCGCAAUAUCUAGUACUUCUUCGGAUUCAUCGGAGGCCCAAGUUUCCUCGGAUCUAACCGAUUGUUACGAUUUACCAUGUGGUAAUUACAUCGAGAUUUCUCAAAACGAGUCAGGAGGUUUGAUCCAGCAGGGCUUGGAUAUCCAAACAUGUAAUGAUGAUCAGCAUAGCAAUGGAUGGUUUGGUGGUGGGGUCGACACAUUGGAUAGUUUGUGGGAUGAUGAAGAGAGUAUGUGGUUUUUGCUACAACAGCUUGGUGAUGUUAAUGAGGUCUAAAUAAUAGAAUUUCCUUACGUGACG